GAUAACAUUUUUAUCGACAGGUGCUCAUCACUAACGCUCAGGAAUACCGUUAGGUUUUGUUAAGCUCCGCCCCAUCGUACGAUGCGGGGGCCGUGCGCGGGGGGCGCAUCACGUUGCGCUAGCGCAUGCCGUCCGCAGAGAGGCAGUCUGGUAUCGACCUCGGCGCGGAGCGCUUGUUGCUUUUCCACACACUUGUCGCUUUUAUACUCGUACCGCGCUUACUAUUAAAAGCUAGCUAAAUAUUUCUUAUAACUAUUCUUCUUCUGUGCUUGUGACUUUUGCCUCCGUGAACUUUCUGCUUGUGCCAGUGCUUAACCUUUAGUGCCUUCUAUUUUAUGUAAUUGUUAUGUGUAUGUGAACAAUAAACGUGUAAAACUUAUAUACGUGUACAACCUUUAUUUAAUCGUGCAUUCAAUCCUCACGUCUCCUACACAUUUUCCACAUUGGUGACCCCGUGAAGAACACAUGGCGGAAAAAGCACGUGGCAUGACGUCGACUAGUGAGGGGAAAGAAUCGAUAGAUUUCGAUAACGAAGUUUUCAAAACGAGUGUGCGUAUCCCACCGUUUUGGCCGGAGGAACCGGAGAUUUGGUUUGCCCAGGUGGAGGGACAGUUCGCAAUUAACCGAAUUACUAGCGACCAGACAAAAUUCAACCAUAUCAUAAACCAACUUGAUAAUAAAUAUUCUAGAGAGGUGAAAGACAUUAUUAUACACCCUCCUGAGGAGAACAAGUAUGAAACCCUCAAAGCGCUGCUUAUUAAGCGUCUUACUGAGUCAAAUGAGAAGAAAUUAAAACAGCUGCUAAUGCACGAGGAGCUGGGAGACAGGAAGCCAUCGCGAUUCCUUAGACACUUGCAGAGCUUGGCAGGAUCUGAUGUCCCGAAUGAUUUUCUGAAGACCAUUUGGAUCAGCCGCCUCCCAUACGGCACGCAGACGGUCUUGGCGGGGCAACCAGGGACGGCUACUUUAGAAGAUCUCUCUGAUUUGGCGGAUAGAGUUUAUGACUUGGCUACUUCAACACCUGCCGUCGCCUCCGUGAGCCAGGAAAACGCCGGCUCUCUUCUCAGCGACCUGACGCGUGAGGUGGCUGAACUGCGGAAACAGAUACAGAAGCUAGGGCCGGAGAGAAGUGGAAGAUCCAGAUGCAGGAGCACUCGACCGCGACGCCAGUCAUCUUCCAGGCAACGGUCGCAGUCCCUGUAUCGAAAGUACCCAAUAUGCUGGUACCAUGGCAAGUUUGGAGACAGGGCCAGUAAAUGCAUGCGCCCCUGCGACUUCAAGGCGGAAAACUCCAUGGGCGGUCGAUAAUGGCGACUGACGAUUGCCCAUCCUCUACUGGUCGCCUCUUCGUCACCGACUGAUCCUCGAAGACGCAAUUCCUGGUCGACACCGGGAGCGACCUCUGUGUCUUCCCACGCUCGGUGCUGCGUGAUCGUCGUGCUCCAACGGGUUUCCAACUGUGCGCCGCCAACGGGUCUACUAUCUCAACAUACGGUUACAACCAUUUAAAUUUAGAUUUUGGCUUACGCAGAAGCUUCACUUGGCGUUUUGUAGUAGCAGAUGUAUCAAAACCUAUCAUAGGCGUAGAUUUUUUGAACUUUUAUAAUCUUAUGGUAGAUUGUAGAAAUAAGCGCUUAGUCGAUAAUACUACUUCUGUAACUGCUGUAGCUAGCCUCGUAGCUGAUAAUAAUACUAGCCUUUAUUCUGUCAAAGUUUUAACUGGUGAUACUCCUUUCCAUAAAAUUCUUACUGAGUUCCCAGAAAUCACUCGACCAGCUGGUACGCACCGCACAGUACUCCACAACACCGUACAUCACAUACUCACGACGCCAGGGCCUCCAGUUUCCUCAUCACCCCGUCGUCUU